AUGAACGGAAGGUACGAUCACGUAAGCAGAAGCUCGUCGACUUUCCACUCGCCUCAGGUUUGUCGGGGAAAACGAAUUUGUGUGUUGGGAAAAAAAUCGGGGGAAAAAAAAAAUAGUGUCCAAAAAUGCCGCACUUCCUCUUCCUCUCCAUCAUUUUUUUGCGCGCGCGCGCGGCCAAGGCGUGUGUCAAAAAAAAGCGAGUGCAUAAUAUAUACUUUGAAAUGUAUACAUCCCGCCAUGCUUCGGGGGGAGAACAUAAAAAGAACACACAGACUUUUUCGUUUUUCCGCGCAUUUUCCUCUCCGAAUUUCGCUUGUUCUCUCACUUCCUUCCGUUUCCUACUCUCUCUCUCUCUCUCUCUCUCUUCUUCUUCUUUUUCCUUGCCAACCAAACAACUUACUACUACUACUACAACUAAUCUAGACAACUCUCGACUUUUCCCCCAACUAUUGUAGUAUUCCUAGAAAAAGAUGAAAAGCGCGGAGUUCAACGACGAUUCCGAUCUGGAGAGCUAUUUGGAAGGAUCGGUUUGGUCGGAGAAACCGUCGGCGAAAGAGAUGCACUUUUCGACGGGCCCUCCCGAGCCGAUCAGCGUGUUUCCCAGUGCGUCGCACACGAAUAUGGCGCUCGGAUAUCCGGCCAACACGCGCGAGACUGUCUUUCCGUAGUUUGCGCCCGCGCAUCUCACAAUUUGAUGAUUGCCGUUUCAGAAGUUAUGGUGUAGUGUCUACUCUCGAUCCGUUUCUCUUUUCCAAGGUACAUUCUUUGCUCUGUUAGGGCUUUUAGGCCAUAAAUUGAGAAUUCUAGGCCACCACUUGACAAAUACCGGUUGCCACGCUAUUUACCACUUGUAAAGUUGAUUUUCGCCAUUUUAAGCCUGACCUAUGCUCUAUAAUUCAAUUUUGAAGCGAAUUAUGACCUGUAAAAGUUCAAUUGGAUUUCUAGGCCAUCUAGAGGAAAUUCUAGGCCACCACUUGACAAAUAAAAUUGUACAACCUCGUCCUGAUCAUUCUAGGUUGGAUUUUAUCGAAUUUCUAGGCCUCGACCUAGAACUUUCCCUCUCUUUUCUCUUCUUCCGACUCUCGGUCCCCAUUCGAGUUGUGGACAAUACCGGUUGUCUCCCCCAAACGGCUGGACUAGACAAAUAAAUUCAAAAAAGUGUGUUGUCCGGCAAUGCACGUACUACGCGACCUUUCACACGCACUUUUGACUCAUAAAAAUGGGCAGAAUGGGAGAAUGGGGGGAUUACGGUAGGUUGCACUUUUCAAUCGGCUCUUUUUGGGUUUCAGGGUGUGGCUGUAGGGCGGCAAAAACUUGAGAACCGAGAGUCGGCGAUUCAAAAAAUCAUCGUUUUUGCAGGCGUCGCGUCGUCCGAAAUCGCCGGGACCGGUGGCCGGAGCCGGAGAGAUCACAAACACCGCGCACGGCUUCACAAUCGAGUUGGACGUGUUUCAGUUCGCUGCGGAAGAGAUCAAGAUUGUGCUGACCGACGAUAUGCUCAGCAUUUCCGGCGAACGCUUCGAGUACACCGGCGACGGACAGACGCUCCGACGCAGCUUUGAGAGGUGACAAUUCUAGGCCAGCACUGAGAAAAUAUCGGUUUCUACGAUAUUUUCCUCAAGAUUCGGAUCAUUUUUAUCGAAACCAGGGGUCUGUAGGUGAAUUUUAAAGCGAGUUGUGACAUGCCAAAGUUUAGUUGGAAUUCUAGACCAUCAUACCGAUUUUCAUGAGCCUCCACAAAAUGUAGCUGAGAAUUGGAGCGAAUCUAAGGAUUUGUAGCUUAAUUAUAAAGUCUGUUUGGGUUUCUAGGCCAGCAAAUACACCCCCACUAUUAUCGUCUUUUGCAGAAAGUACUCGAUUCCGGAAGACGUGCAUCUCGACACGAUCCGAAGCCAUCUGACCAACGCGGGAGUGCUUGUUAUCAACGUAAGUUUUUGAAAUUGGGUUUUGCACCCAUUCCCUAUAAAAACCGUACUUUGAGGGCUCUCGAAAAGGAUGGCGCGAGACGAGCAUCUCCACGCACCGCCCGGCAGCCUAUCAGAAGACUACGGGCAGAGCGGGAAGCGUCAUUUCGACCGUCUAG